AGUGUUAAAUAUCUGCUGAGCUGCCCGAAGACUCUGAGAUGACCAUAGGGGGCAUGGAGAACGUGGAGGUCUUCACUUCUGAGGGCAAAGGCAGGGGUCUGAAGGCCACUAAGGAGUUCUGGGCUGCUGACAUCAUCUUUGCCGAGCGGGCUUAUUCCGCAGUGGUUUUUGACAGCCUCGUGAACGUCGUGUGUCACACCUGCUUCAAGAGGCAGGAGAAGCUCCAUCGCUGUGGGCAGUGCAAGUUUGCCCAUUACUGUGACCGCACCUGCCAGAAGGAUGCUUGGCUGAACCACAAGAACGAGUGUUCGGCCAUCAAGAGAUACGGGAAGGUGCCCAAUGAGAACAUCAGGCUGGCGGCCCGCAUCAUGUGGCGGGUGGAGAGAGAGGGCAGCGGGCUCACCGAGGGCUGCCUGGUCUCCGUGGACGACCUGCAGAACCACGUGGAGCACUUCGGGGAGGAGGAGCAGAAGGAGCUGCGGGUGGAUGUGGACACGUUCCUGCAGUACUGGCCGCCCCAGAGCCAGCAGUUCAGCAUGCAGUACAUCUCGCACAUCUUCGGCUUGAUUAACUGCAAUGGUUUCACGCUCAGUGACCAGAGAGGCCUGCAGGCAGUGGGCGUGGGCAUCUUUCCCAACCUGGGCCUGGUGAACCACAACUGUUGGCCCAACUGCACAGUCAUAUUUAACAACGGCAAUCAUGAGGCAGUGAAAUCCAUGUUUCACACCCAGAUGAGAAUCGAGCUCCGGGCCCUGGGCAAGAUCUCAGAGGGAGAGGAGCUGACGGUGUCCUAUAUCGACUUCCUUAAUGUCAGCGAAGAACGCAAGAAGCAGCUGAAGAAGCAGUACUACUUUGACUGCACGUGUGAGCACUGCCAGAAAGGGCUGAAGGAUGACCUCUUCCUGGGGGUGAAAGACAACCCGAAGCCCUCUCAGGAGGUGGUGAAGGAGAUGAUACAGUUCUCCAAGGAUAUGAUGGAAAAAAUUGACAAGGCUCGCACUGAGGGUUUGUACCACGAGGUUGUGAAAUUAUGCCGGGAGUGCCUGCAGAAGCAGGAGCCAGUGUUUGCCGACACCAACAUCUACACGCUGCGGGUGCUGAGCAUCGUUUCCGAGGUCCUCUCCUACCUGCAGGCCUUUGAGGAGGCCUCACACUAUGCCAACAGGAUGGUGGAUGGCUAUAUGAAGCUGUAUCACCCCAACAAUGCCCAGCUGGGCAUGGCUAUCAUGAGGGCAGGGCUGACCAACUGGCAUGCUGGCAACAUCGAGGUGGGGCACGGCAUGAUCUGCAAAGCCUACGCCAUUCUCCUGGUGACACACGGACCCUCCCACCCCAUCACCAAGGACUUAGAGGCCAUGCGGAUGCAGACGGAGAUGGAGCUGCGCAUGUUCCGCCAGAACGAGUUCAUGUACCACAAGAUGCGCGAGGCCGCCCUGAGCAACCAGCCCAUGCAGGUCAUGGCCGAGCCCAGCAACGAGCCAGCGCCGGCUCUGUUCCAUAAGAAGCAAUGAGGACCUGCCUGGUGGGGGAGGGGCGCCGUGCCAGGGGAACAGGGGAGAUGUUCUGGGGGUGGUGGGUUUCUGGGGAGACCCUUGAUGGGGAAGUCAUGGUAACGCUCAAUCUUGUUGCUGUGGGAAUGUACUGCUCUGUGAUUCCCCAGUGUCAUUUUUGUUCAUUUCAAUUCAGUUCAAUUCAAUUUAACUCUCCCAGCUCAGCCCAGCUCAACUCAUCCUACAAAUAUUCACUGGAUGCUAGACCCUAGGGAUAAAGAAGCUCCAAAUGCAGCUGCGGAGGCAAAAUGUAAACAAACAGAACCCAGUGUGAUCAUAGAUGCAAUGGUCAACUCUCUGGAGGGGGGCAGUGGAGGGCAUGUGUCUGGCGUGUGUGUGUGUGUGCGUGUGCUGGCGAGGGUGUCACGGAGGAGAUGACAUCUGAGCUGAGGGUGGCAGCUACCUGCUCACCCAUCUGUGCAGGUGUCCCUGGAAUAGUCAGGAUUUGCUGACUGGGAUGGGUGAUGUCCCGUGUCCUUAGGUGAGUGUGGAGUGAAAAAGAAGAGGCUGUGUGACUGAACCCUCUUCAGAAGGGUACAUAUGCAGAGGGAGAUGGGGGUGUGCCUAAACCACCGGAGGCCUCAGGUUAACUUCCGGGUUCCCAGCAUUAUUCUGAAACUACUUCCAGAACACAAAGAGGGGGUGUUUCCUUUCCCCACCCUCCCUGCCAGGCCUUGUGAUUCCCGUGAUGUCGGGCUACUUGGAUAAUCGUUGAGAUUUUUCUGGCCAUUGGCCUCCUAGGAUUGAAGAAGUCUCUUCAGGAUGAAGCUGAGGGAAAAACUUGGAAACCCACAUAUCUGGUGAUCAUGGGUUCAGCCGAAUUGGCCUUUGGGUGUUUGAUUUGUUUACAUGUGCCUGGGUGGCCUUUACCAGCUUAGAAUUUGUUGCUGGCUCCCAGUAAAUCUCUAUUUUUAGAGAUUUAUGAUGAGUAAUUAUGACUUCCCUUGCUAAAUUUCUUUCAUUGUCCAUGCCCCGGGUCCUCUGCUUUUCUUACCAGAAGGAAUGUCCCAUCUGGAAUCUGCACACCUAGGUUAGGACCUCUUUGGGGGUGUGACCAACUUGCCCUCAUCUCCUGGGAGCCUGCUCUGGUUUCCACCCAAGAGUGAGAGUCUUGGGAAUCAACCAAUCUAGCUGUCCCAUUGUCCUGGGACAACUGUCCCACUGUAUCUUCUGGGAUCCCCAAACCUCUCACCAAAGCCCUCCGUUUGAGAAUGUCACCAAGUCUUGUAUACCCUCCGGGACCACCCUUGACCCCAGAGCUCUAGCUAACAUCCUGAAGUCAGGUGUUCCCACCAGGCCCCGUAUUAGUCAUCUGUGCCUAAAGUGUCAGUUCCUCCAUCCCCACCCUUUCAACCUCAGAAUGACCCACUGCCUCCCUUAUAACCUGACCAACAGCUCUGCCAAUGUGCUGUAAACUUUAUCCAAAAACUCUGCAAAGGUGCCACUUCUUUGUAGAAUACUCGUACCUGGAAUUUGGCUCUUCAUCGAAGACACCUGCUUCUCUAGAACUUUCACAGGGAGACUGACAGUUCUUCCAAGCCCAUGUGCUACAUGUCUAAGGAGGGCACCAGCCCUCUCCCAGGGACCCAACUGUGCCAGUUCAAAUGGCAUCUCUUAUACCCUCAUAUAAAACCUUCCCCCAAAUCUCUUCCCUUCUGUGUCACUGUCAUCUGCCACACUACUGGGCAUUCCCCCACAUUCAUGGUCCUCUCCUCCAUCCCCUCUUCCUCAAAUUUGGUGUCUUUGAAGUCCACUUUCACGAAUCAUCUAUACCUCUUGCUUCACAGAUUCUUUUUUUUUUAACUUUUCAUAAUCAAUUUAAUAGAGCAGAG